AUGCUCAGCGCGUGUGCGCCCGGAGAACCCAAAGGCUUAUCCUGGCCAUGCGGGUCAUCUGCCCUUGAGUUUCUCCCUGCUCUCUUUUUCUUUUUCCCUGCUCUCGUCUCGCUCCUCCUCCUGCUCGUGCUUGACCCCGUCUUUGUUCCCCAGCCGACUGUCCUUUUGCGAAGCUGGCAAGGUUGUGGAUGGUUCUUGCUGCCCCUCUUUCCCGCCAUCCGCUCCCGUUCGCAGGUGUCUGAUCGGUGUCUAUCUCUCUCGCCGAGCGUCUGCGGUCGUAAAAUCAUCCUCUCGAGCCGUGUCGCUCGAGUCCGCCUCACGAGGAGCCGCCGAACUUGUGUUGCUUUUGCCGCCGACGAGCCACCCGAGCCCCGUUCCUCGACCGCUACUCGCAACGGCUUCACGCCCGGAGACCAUCCGUCCUCGCCCGCGCUGUCUCCGGUCUCGUUCCUGGCACAGACACACACCGACUCCCGCAUCCGCCGCUCCUCCUCUUCUACCUUUUCGCGCAGCGUCUAUCGGCACCAUGAACUGCGGUCCGUUCUGUCCUACAUUGAGAUCGGCCGGUGCUUCCUAGACGUUCGUCGCGGUAGGAGCAUGUCUCUACCGGACCCCAAU